CUGUAAAUGAAAUACCCCUUAUUCACACAAAUGGUUUGGGCUCAGUUUGCAUUAACUAUGACUGAGAGCGCGUAGACAGAACAAUCAAUUUAUUUGUAAUAAAAAUAACAUCAAGUGCGCUACAUGAAUCUGACUGUUUUCUGCUUAUUGCUGUAAUGGCCUGGUUGCAUAUAUAUUGCUAUGUGUUUGCUCAGUUCACGUUGCAUAUUUACUGAAGCCUGUACAGUUUGCUUUGCACGCCCACCCCCGCGUGGGCUCUGCUGUUAAUUCCACGCCCCGCGACGUGGUACCUUAUGAUCUCCCAGUCAAACUGAUCCACGGGAGAGAAACAGAAAGGAUUCUCAGCGCCUCUGAGUCGGAAUAUGCUUUUACUGAGUGAUCCAGCAUUAGGAGAUGGGCUGUGAAGACGCUUCAACGGGAAACCGCCGGCUGUGACUCAUGGACUCUCUGUUCAGUGGGGAGCUGGGCAUGCUGACGGCUGAGGGGCUGGCGGAGGAGGGCUGUGGGGUGGGCUGGGCAAGCAGGCCCCUCAGGGGGGACAUGUACGCCACCCCCCACUUCACCCUCAUCACCGCCUACCAGGACAUAAAGAACCAGCUCUCCGGGCUGGAGAAGGAGAACUGCGGGCUCAAGAGGAGACUCAAACUCUACGAGAUCAAGUUCCCCAUGAUCAGCGACUUCAGCGACGAUCGCAACUCCUACUGCUCCUUCGAGACCAUGGACACUUCACUACUGAACAACAGCCUGCAACAGCAGCUCAACCGGCUUCGGCAUGAGCUCCAGAAAGGCAAGGAGAGGGAGGAGCAUCUGGAGGAUGUAAUCCAGACCUACGAGAAGAGCCACAUGGAGAGGAGUAACCUGCAGAGAUAAAUCGUUUGUGGGGGGAUGACCACGCUGGCAGAAAAGCACGUGGAGCGCAUUCGGAACGUGGAGCAGAUGCUGCGGCAGAGAGACAGCUCCCUGCAGAACCUCAACAUGCAGCUGCGCAGCAAGGAGAUGCAGUACCUUCAGCUGCAUGCCAGCCCCGCCCGCCCCCACCCCCGCAUGCUGGCCUGUCCCGCGAUGACCCUGCAGAGCUCGCGCAGUCUGGACGCGGUCUCCGACCUGGAGCUGCAGCGGCUGGAGGCGGAGCUAGAGGAGGCACGGCGGGAGGCAGGGGAGGCGUGUCGCCGGGAGGCGGAGCUCAAGGGGGAGUGCGAGCGGCUGCAGGAGGAGCUGAGACAGCAACAGGAGGGACAGCGGCAGGGGGAGAUGACCACUCAUUGUGUCCAGUGUGAUGUGGAGUGGAUCAAGAAGGCUGGCGAUGAGCAGGUGAACCUGGCCCUGGCCUACACUGAGCUAACAGAGGAGCUGUCCCGAUUGCAGAGCCUGAGUUCCAAACAGACCGAAAUACUGAGGAGUCUGUCCCAGGAGCAACCAGUCCAGCGGCACUCCCCGGUCCCUCAGCGGCACUCCCCGGUCCCUCAGCGGCACUCCCCGGUCCCUCAGCGGCACUCCCCGGUCCCUCAGCGGCACUCCCCUGCCCCUGAGCGGCACUCCCCUGCCCCUGAGCGGCACUCCCCUGCCCCUGAGCGGCACUCCCCUGCCCCUGAGCGGCACUCCCCGGUCCCUCAGCGGCACUCCCCUGCCCCUGAGCGGCACUCCCCUGCCCCUGAGCGGCACUCCCCUGCCCCUCAGCGGCACUCCCCUGCCCCUGAGCGGCACUCCCCGGUCCCUCAGCGGCACUCCCCUGCCCCUGAGCGGCACUCCCCGGUACCUCAGCGGCACUCCCCUGCCCCUGAGCGGCACUCUCCUGUCCCCCAGAGGCUUUCCCCUGACGUCCAGCGGAGGUCCCCCCUGCCCGACUCGAACGACGGUCCGGCUUCCUACACCAGUCGCCCGACCAGCCACCACCUGCGAGCCAGCUUCCAGGGGCGCAGGAGCUACUCUGAGGUCAGCGACCCCGCCGCAUACCAACGUCCACCCCGUCUGCAGCUCGACCCGGUCUCCACCCUGCCCAAACCCCGGCCCUACAGAGAGGGUUACCACAAGCAGGGGCUGAGCAGCAGUGUGACCAGCAGCCCCCUCCGCACCCGCGAUCCCUUCACCCCGCAGGAGCUCCUCCAUCUGCGUUUCGACAAGCCCGCCCGGCCUUCCCUCCAGUCCUCCGAGGACGAGGAGGAGUGGGCCCGCCCCAGUGCCCCCUCCGCUGCCACCCCCCCAGGCUCGAUCAGAGGAGUGCCUUCCUGCUCCGCCUUCCCCAUCCUCAAAACCAUCCCCCAUCCCUCCUCCUCUGCCACAGAACAUGCCCAGUCCUGGCCCUCUAUCAAUCUGUGGAUGGAGACUGAGGACUCUGACAUCAGGAACUGCCCGCUGUGUCAGCUGACCUUCCCAUUUGGUUACCCCGACGAUGCCCUGAUCAAACACAUCGACACACACCUGGAGAACAGCAAGAUCUGACAGCCACAGCGCCCCCUUUUGGGAACCUCCGGGAAUUGAAUGCAGGAUUUCCAAGCAAAAAAAAAAACCCGAAAGAAAUGAAAACAACAAAACAAGUCUAAAAACAGGGCUGAGUUUUUGUUCCUCUUUAGCAGUUGUGAUGGUUUACAACAGACUGAUACUGAAUGAAGGAAAGAAAUAAGGGUAAAAAAGGAAGAUGAAGAGAAGAAUGAUUGCAUGUUACUGAAUUUAAUAAGACGAUAUCGAGGUAAUCUUUUUUUUAAACUGAAAGUCUUUGAAAAAACAUUGCAAGCCAAGUUAUAAAAAUUGUACAGUGCAGAAUUGAGAAGAAUCCUGCUGUUCUAUCUAUCAGGUAUCUGACUUUUUUUAACAGCUGAUUUUGGGUCAACGUUAACCUAAAAGCAAAAACAAACAAACAAACAAACAAAAAACUGCCGAAGUAACACUCCUAGUUUCAUGACUAAAUGGAACAUGCAAAAAUUUCUGAAAUAUUCCACCGGCCUGUAAGGGAUGAAUUUGUCCCUUUAUAUAUAUAUAUAGUGUUUUAUAUAAUAAUGCUGCAAAAAAGCUAUCCUUGGUACAAGCCAACAAAGAAAAAGCAAACCAUUUUCUCAAUUUUAUUGAUUUAAAAAGAAGUUAAGUAUACUUGAACUGAGUGCAUAGUAGUAUAUUAUACUUUUGUUCAUGCAGAGUAUCAUUCAAUUUGAAAUCAUUUAACUAUAUAUACACUGGGUCCAUGUACUGCAUUAUAUUGCACAACAUAUGUAUGAAACAAUGUAUACUAUGCCAAUAUAUUACCCCAUAUAGACUUACCUGUGCAGUAUACGGUCCCACGUCUGUUUCACACUACAAUAAAAAAGCUAUAAAUUAGUGCGUUCAGCAUAUAGAAGUGUAAAGAUAUUGAGAAGUAUUGGUAAAACUAAAUUAAUAUACAAUAUAUUUAGUGCUGUUGUAUAGAAGUUAUAAUGGUUCUCACUUUUCAGAGCUGAUAAUGUUAUCUAAAAAAAACCCAACACUCAACAGCCUCUCUCAUGGGCAGAGUGUUCAUAUUACCAGCAGAUGAAAAGUCCAGGCCUUUAUGUUUAAGCACUAGAAAUGUUUUUACAAACACUUGUACACUCAGAAAAAAAAAAAUAUGAGCGUGAAUUUGUACAUAGUAACCAAACAAACACUGGUUGUGUGAGCCUGCUGAAAGAAUUGCAACACAGCUAAAGUAAGUAGUGAGGUAGCUCCGUAUUCUGUCAUGUUUUAUAUUGUACCAUACUGUACUGAAAUUUCCUGCAUCCUUAUCAAAUUUUACCACGUUAUUGUUGCAUGGUUGCAGUUUUUACCAUGCUUUUCCCAUGGUUAUACUAUGCAUUUACCCUAGUUGACGCUGGUUUGGCAUGUUUUUUUAA